AUGUUUUACGAUUUGAAUGUUCCGUAUGCCGCGGAUGACCAUGAGAUCUCCCAAACGCUGAGCUUUUUGGCCGAACUCGGUUACACAACAGUAGCUCUCUCUCAGACGAUCACAGGAAAGCUGCCUUCCAAUAUCAACCCUCCGAAACUGCCCACCAACCCGCCGACAUCCCUCAAGCUUCUCACCCGCCUGAACCUGACGCUUUCCGACCCCGCGCAAAACCAGCGGCUGACCAGCCUCACUCAGUUAUAUGACAUCAUUGCGGUGCGACCUCUCAACGAGAAGAUGCUCCUGAACGCCUGCACGAACCUCGAGUGCGAUGUGAUCUCGCUGGACCUCUCUGUGAGACAGCCAUACCACUUCAAAUUCAAGAUGCUGUCGGCUGCGAUAGCACGUGGCAUUCGCCUGGAGAUCUGCUAUGGGCCAGGCGUCACGGGUAGUGGCGCUGAUGCACGACGAAACCUUAUCGGGAAUGCAAUGGCGCUGAUCCGAGCGACGCGUGGCAGGGGCAUCAUUGUGUCGAGUGAGGCAAGGCGGGCACUUGGGGUGCGCGCCCCGUGGGAUGUGAUCAAUCUGACGUGUGUCUGGGGUCUGUCACAGGAGCGGGGCAAGGAAGCCAUCUGCGAGGAGGCAAGGAAAGUGGUUGCUCUCGCGAAGCUGAAGCGGACAAGCUGGCGCGGAGUCAUCGAUGUGGUCCAUGGGGGACAAGCAGGCACGAAAGAGGAGUCGGCCACGAAACAAAAACAAUCUUCCAGGAAGAAAGUGGUGGAGAAACAGACCGAGAUGGUUGCUGGAGAUAGUCUGAAGCGGAAAGCGUCCGUGAGCUCGGAACUCGUCGCGGAAGAGCCCGAGAAACCUUUGUCGAAGAGAGAGAUGAAGCGCAGGGCGAAGAAGGCCCGUCUAGACGCGCGAGGAGGGGUCCUCGACUCCAACAAGGUCUCUACCGAAUAA